GGCAGCCUCGUGACGGGCGGAGGAGCUGCCGGUCCCGAGGCGGUGACGGGGGCGCGCUCCCUUCUCCGCUCCUCCUUCUUUAGCUCUCUCCUUCCCCGGCUGGCUAGGGGGCUGGGUGCUCUGGAGAGAGACACCGCUCCCCUCCACCCCGGAGCGGCCUGAUCUAGAGUCCGGCUGCCUUUUCCUCCCAAGGCUCCCUCCCCUCUCCCGCCGCCUACGGCGUCCACGCCCUCGAAUCCCUGGGCUGCUGCUCAUUGUGCUGCGCCAGGCCCGCCGGCCCGAGGACUUCCCCCGUGGCCUCUCUCCCUCCCGCCCGAGCUAUCCUGAUCUUCCUGGGCCAUGGAUGGCGGGGAUCUGAUGAGCUUCUUUCUUCUGGUAUCACCAACGGGCCUUUUACCAUGAGCAGUUCGACUCCAACUACAGAGUCACAUGACUGAAUAGACCAUUGAAUCCAAGAGGGGCCCUCAUUUGUUCUGACUCAUGCCAUAUAAUUCUUGGAACCUCUGGUGGCCAGAUAUCCCAGGCUUCCUGCAUCCUUCACUUUCUUCUCCAACUGAAAUAUAGGAAGACUAUAAACUUUGGCGGAAUGUUUAUUGCUGCUUGAAAAUAGAGGCAGCAUGGCGUAGUGGAUAGAGAGCUGGCCUUGGAGCCAGGAAGACCUGGGUUCAAGUCCUGCCUCUGACAUAUACUGUGUGACCCUGGUAUUUUGCUGCUUACCUCCUUUGUGACUUGGGGUCGUGAACUUUCUGCUCUUCCAAUCCAGUCCAUUAGUGUGGCUGGAACUCUCCAGAGACUUUGGUUCCUGAGAUGUGAUAGACCAGCGCACCGGGAGAGGAAGUGAUGUGGAGAAAGAAGACUGUAAAAAAUGAGACCAUAGAGGAGGUCGGGUUCUUCUCUGCAGGUCUUUGACUGGGGGGUCUGUUCUGCGAUUCGGCAUUGAUGGCUCAGGCAGAAGACACUCUUGUGGGCUGCUAAUGGGAAUGACAGCAAGAAAUUUAAAGGAGAUAGAUCUCCCUGCUCUCCUUCUCGUGUUCUUCAUCUUCGUAAAAUUCCAAAUGACGUUACUGAAACAGAGGUCAUAUCAUUAGGUCUACCAUUUGGCAAAGUAACCAAUCUCUUGAUGUUGAAAGGAAAAAGCCAGGCAUUCUUAGAAAUGGCUUCUGAGGAAGCUGCUGUUACUAUGGUGAACUACUACACUCCAGUUACUCCUCACCUACGAAGUCAGCCUGUUUUUAUUCAGUAUUCUAAUCACAGAGAACUUAAGACUGACAAUCUACCUAAUCAAGCUCGAGCUCAAGCUGCAUUGCAAGCAGUGAAUGCUGUCCAGUCUGGAAGUCUGGCUCUUACUGCAGCCCCAGGUAGUGAAGGUGGAGUUCUUCCUGGGCAAAGCCCUGUUCUUCGAAUAAUUGUGGAAAACCUCUUUUACCCUGUUACUCUUGAAGUACUCUAUCAGAUUUUUUCCAAGUUUGGAACAGUCUUGAGGAUUAUCACAUUUACAAAGAACAAUCAAUUUCAGGCCUUGCUUCAGUAUGCUGACCCACUGAAUGCACAUUAUGCCAAAAUGACUCUGGAUGGCCAGAAUAUCUAUAAUGCAUGCUGCACUCUGCGUAUUGACUUCUCCAAGUUAACCAGCCUUAAUGUGAAGUAUAAUAAUGACAAAAGCAGAGAUUUCACUCGCCUUGACCUUCCUUCUGGUGAUGGCCAACCAUCCCUUGAUCCUACUAUGGCUGCUGCUUUUGGUGCGCCUGGUAUAAUUUCUUCACCAUAUGCAGGGGCUGCUGGAUUUGCCCCAGCCAUUGGAUUUCCUCAAGCUACAGGUCUUUCGGUUCCAGCUGUUCCUGGAGCUCUUGGUCCUUUAACCAUUACAACCUCUGCUGUCACUGGAAGGAUGGCAAUUCCUGGGGUUCCUGGUGUACCCGGAAAUUCCGUUCUGCUUGUCAGCAACCUCAAUCCUGAUGCUAUCACACCACAUGGACUCUUUAUCCUGUUUGGAGUGUAUGGUGAUGUACAGCGUGUGAAGAUUAUGUUUAAUAAGAAAGAAAAUGCCUUGGUUCAGAUGGCUGAUGCAAAUCAAGCUCAACUAGCCAUGAACCAUCUGAGUGGACAGAGACUUUAUGGAAAAGUGCUUCGUGCAACUCUAUCAAAACAUCAGUUAGUCCAGCUUCCUCGUGAGGGCCAAGAAGACCAAGGUUUGACUAAGGAUUUUAGCAAUAGUCCUUUACAUCGUUUUAAGAAGCCUGGAUCUAAGAACUUCCAGAAUAUCUAUCCACCGUCUGCUACCCUACAUCUUUCAAACAUCCCACCUUCAGUUAUGGUUGAUGACCUGAAGAAUCUAUUUACAGAAGCUGGAUGUACAGUUAAAGCCUUCAAAUUCUUCCAGAAAGAUCGCAAAAUGGCACUCAUCCAGUUGGGAUCUGUGGAGGAAGCAAUUCAGGCACUUAUUGAGCUUCAUAACCACGAUCUUGGAGAAAACCACCAUCUCAGAGUCUCCUUCUCGAAAUCAACAAUUUGACUUUUCUGUGAACUUUCCUUUUAAGACUGGACCACAAUUUCAGUAAAACCUUCAGACAGAGACUGAAGCAGCUUAAGAAGAAUUCUGCCUCUUUUACAAAAUAAUGAAUUAAACUCUUGCUGAGUUUGAUGUUUGAGUGUAUUCAUACACAGUAAAGAAUCAAGGGAUUAUCUUUUUUUCCAUUAUUUUCUGUCAGUAUGUGGUAAAAGGUUUAUUAUUAUUUUCCGCACCAGAGUUUCUGUGGGAAAUAUCCUAUAAAAAAAGGAAUAUUUUUUCAAUCAGAUGCCCUGUGUUAAAUUCUAUUUCAAGGGACAACCUUUUAGUUUUUGGUCCAAAUCAAGCUUACACAUUUCCAAAUUUCUUCAUGGUUUUGAACUAUUUAAACAUUACUGCUUUUAAAUCACUUUGUGUAAGCAAAAAUUCUUAUUUUUGUCUCUGACUAGAAAAUGACUCCUGUACCAGAGAGAUUUUAGUUCAUGAAUUCUGGAUCACUACUUUGUGACAUAUCAUAAUGAAUUCAAAGGCAAAUUGAAGGACUCUUGAUGUCUCGAAAGGAAAUUUAUAAGUAUAAAUUCCUAAUGACAAAACGGUUGAACUUUUUUCCUCAUCCAUUGGACUUUUCUGAGUCUUCUUAUGUUCUUAAUUUUAAUUGCUUAUGAAAAUAAGAUUAUUUGGAGAAAGGCAGUGCCUAACUCUCUCCCCAUGUCAAGUUGGAUUGAGAUAGAAUGAAGACCUGUUUAGAGGAUUAAUUAAUGCUUUUAUUGAGUAAGAAUCAUGUUUUAUCUGAAUUCACAAUGGCAUUUCUCUUGUGAAGUGAUAUGUAGUAUGAUUCUGGAAAAAUUAAAAGGAAAAAUAGUCCUGAUUAAAACUACUUUUUUACAUUUGUUUUCAGAUAAUAAAAAAGUUUACAGUCUUAAGGAAAAUAUUCAGGUCUAUCAUAUGGUUUGACAGAUUUUUUAAAAGUUAUUUUUGGUAAGGUCUUCUUUUAAAAAAAGUAAACCUCAAGGGUUUUUUGUACCACUAUAAUCUAAUACUUAAAUCAAAAUUACUGUGUAUUUACUUAAUUUCUUAUUACGUGCCUUAUUAUGUGCUUAUAAUGAUACAAUAGCUUAGAGUUUUAUCUAAAGUAUCUUAAACUAUUGUGGGCUUGGUAAGAGAGAUUUUUUUUUUCUUUUUGAUCUUUAGGAUUUAAAAUGUUUUCAUUGUGAUUUUUAAAAAAUGGUUUUCAAUAAGUAGUUUGAAUUCAAAUUUUUGGUGCUUUGGUGCAGAAAUAGGGUGGGGGGAGGGGUUGCGGGAUUGGUAAUAACUCAGUACAUACCCUGUAGGCCUCUUCAAAUUUUAUCUGGUAGCAAUUAGUGCCAGUUCCCUGAUAAUUUUUCGCUGUAAAGCAUGGUCCCAAUUUAUUGACCUUGUGUACACCCUUCAGAAAUUUGUCUUGGGAUUCCUUGUUUGCUUUUUUCCCCCCCUCAGUACUAAAGAGAGAACUUGCUUUUCUUUGCUAAUAUAGCUUCAUUAUUGAAUGCCCACGUAUUUGGAGAGUAAGGGAAGAUUGGUUUGGGAAGAGGGUGGUGUCUUCUCUUUAUUUUGUUGAAUGUAAGUGUAUUUUGAUGUUGCUUCAGUAAUCGCGUAAUGUGACAUUGGUUUCUUUUUUUAAGCAAUUCUUUUGGUAAACUAUUUCUUUGAUGCUUGAUCAGAUUUUAAAUGCAUUUUUCAUUUUUAAGAAUUCAUUAUUUUCAGCCCUUCUUACUUCAGGUUUUAGGAAUAGAUGUUUUAAGUCUCAAUACUUGUGAUUCAUCUCAGUUUUUCAUUCAACAUGUUUCCUUGACAUAACACCAGCCAUUGAUUUUAAUAUAGUGAUGAUCUUGAGAAAAAUUUCUUACGGUUGUUUUUCUCAUAAGAAUUCAGAGAUUGAAAAGAUUAUGGCAUUCAAGUAGAUACAACUUAAGUCAUUGAUAUUGGUAAUUAUAUUGGUAGAGUAGGAAGGAACAUGAAAUUAUGAAGUGGACCAUUUUAGCCUUGGUUGACGAGGUAGCCUUAAUCAUGUGAUCAAGUGUGUUUUCUUACAAUUAUAGAAUUUUUUUUGUGUCAACUAUUAAAGACAAACUAAUUUUUUAGGUGACAAACUAGAAUUUUAUGGGUGGCUUUUUUUUGUUUGUUUUGUUUUUGAUCCACACAGUACUUAAGAGUACUGAAAGAGCUACAUUACUCCAUGACAUAUAUUAAUUGGAACAUUUUGUAUUCUUCCUUUGGUUUGAAAAUACCACAUAAUUUAUGAAACUUAUUCUCAUGAGAUAUUCAAGCUAAAUGUGGCAAAGGAAUACUGAUAGAAGAAGGCAGAUCAUAAUGGAAUUGAAUGUAGUUAUGAAGCAGGUCUUUAAAUCUGAGAGAACAUUUGAAUCCUUAUCAGGGACUUUGUGUAUAUAUGUGUAUGUAUGUAUAUACGUAUAUAUUCAUACAUACACUUUGAUAUUGUAUAUACAUAUGCACAUAACAUUUUAAUUUAUUGACAAAGAAAAAUCUAAAUUAAGAUCUGGAAAAGACAUAUUCUUGUAUAAAAAUAAGGUGUUUGGAAAAAUGCAAUUUGUGUCUAAAAUUAGCCCAGCUAUAUGGAUUUUGUUCAUUUUGGGCUUAUUGUUGUUUGAAUUAUAGAGGUCUACAGUCUAUGUGUUGGCACAGGUUUUGAAAAAGAAAAAAAAUUGGGUGGUGGGAAAUCAAGAUCUGUGUGCUUUUUUAAUUUUGGCAUGCAUUUAUUCUCCUCUAAGCAUUUUUUUUUAAUUUUUGCUGUUGAUCUGUAGUGUUAUUAAUUUUUGAAGUUUAUGUACCUUAUUUUAAAAUAAUACUAUUUCACUUUUGGAGGUCUCUUGGCUUUUAGAUGAAGUGCAGGCAGAUGCAGAUUUCAAAAUAGCAGUACAUUUAAAAUGCAACUAUUAUAGGUUAUGCUGAAAUACAAGUUCUUGUUUUCUUAGGAAGUUAAAGUAAUUUACUAGUCAGGUUGAAAAACAGAGAACAGAGUACAAAUAAAAAAUUCCUCUGAUUAUUUUUCCUUACCAGCCAUUUUUGUUAAUGAAGAGCAUAAUGUCCUGAUAGCUCCAUUGUGGCAGUCUAUAAAAUGUUGGGUAUUGAUAACUUUUUCAAAUGAUUUACAAAUGACUGAGAGACAAAGGUUAUGUUGUUCCAAGAAAUUUGGGCUUUUGUGGUCAGUGCAGCUCUCUUAAGUCUAUAAAUUGUUGAGCUGUGCCCAAACCACAUUUGUUAAUGGCAGUGAAAUCAUGUCAGAUCCAAAAAGAAUAUCAGUGACUUCAAAAAGAAAUGUUCUGCCUUUUUUUUUUUGGUAAAGAAUUUAAUUCCAUUUAGCACAAGUGUCUUAAAUGCAUGACUUAAGAAAUUUAGGUGGAAAAAUUAAAUGGCUCGAGUAAUGUUCUUAUUUGAUAUAAUAAUCUAACAUUACCUUAAUUUUAAGUAAGAAAAUAAGUCUUACAGAUUUUUAUUUUUCUUGGAAAUGGUACUUGGAGAACACUUACGAACUAUUUAAAAGAUUUAUGAAUUUCAUAAGUGUGGGUACUCCUUCCAAUGAUUCAGGUCAUCCAUGCAUUUUAAGGCCAUGCCUCGGAAUAUGAGUUGACAUUGUUGCCACCCCAUUCCCUCCAGCUACUUUGUGGCCAACUUUUUAGUGAUGUGAUCAAUCUGGCUGGAUUUUAAGUGAUUAGCUAUAUCAUGUGACUAUGUUUCCUUGAAACCGUUUCAGCUUGGCGUUUAUGUCCAUAAUUUGUGUUAGGCAAUAUACACAACCUUCAGGAAUCCAAGAUAACACCUAGGUCUUAAUGAGGCAAUGAAGAUUUCAGUAGAGACUUGAAAAAGAAAAAUGGAAUUUAGCUUGGUAUUGCAAUCUUAAUUCCAAAUGGAAUAAAGAUUAAAAUUAUUUGAACCUAAAAGAUUUCUCAUGAUUUAAAUAAUAAUUAUCUUAGUUUGAGUGUUUCUACUUUGACUUAAUGUUUUUAUUAUUUUAAAAGUUGAAAUUAGAGAUUGAAUGUCAAAGGAAGCUUUGGUGAUUUUAAUACUUAUUCUUGAUUUGAUUCACUCAUGAGUGUCUUUGCAUUAACCCCAUUUUGUGUGCAAUAAUUUUAAGUGAUUAGAGUUUUUGAGCCUCUGUAUUUUAAAGACUAAAGGGAGCCAUCUCUGUUAUGCACUGUAUUUUAUACAUAACUUUGCAAGGAAACUCAAUAUAUCUACAUCUUGUAGAAGUUUUACCUUUAUACAUUUGGUAAGUUUGUCAUCUCAUCCUUCCCAAAUUUGCCCAAAAGAUAACCAGAAUUGAGAAAAAUACUUCUGAGUCACAAUGAAAAAGUUUGCCAAACUUAAAGACCAUCUCUAGGAAUCCCUUCUGUGUACUGCUAUUUUAAAAACCAAGAUAUGAGAGAGUACACCUGUGCUUAAAGCCAUUUUUGUUUGCCUUUUCCUUUGUCUUGAUCUGUUGUUACCUAGAAUAAAACUGCCAGAUUUAAAAGUUUUACUGUUGUGCUGAAAGAAAUAUAAUUCAAAUUGCACAGGGGUUUCCUUUAAGCAAAAUUUAACUGCUGUCUUUUAGAAUAUGUUUGUUAUAUACAAGACUAUUUGUAAUUUUCUUUUUUCAGAGCAAAAAUUCCUAGCAUUGUUGUGAAUUGCUAGAAGAAAAAACAAUUGAAAAUAUACAAUUUGACUUGGGGGUUUUUGUAGAGGGGGAAAAACACAAAUCAAAACCAGGACCAAAAGUUUAUGUGCCUUCGGUAGUCUUACUUGUCCUUUUCCCUCCUUAUUUCGCACUUAAUUAGAAACUGUGUACUAUAGAGUUUUUUUGUUUUUUGUUUAAGUUUGCCCACUGACUAUCCAUACAUACAAAGAAUUGCAACUAUUUAAAUGAGGUCUCAGUUACUCCUUUGCCUUUACCAUGUAAUAUUCAUUGUAUAGCAUUGUGCAGGAAUCUAGGAAUAGAGCUGCUUCAAAUCUUUGUACUGGUCAUGGUAUCUUAUAUAACUUAGGGCAUAUGGUCAGAUGAGAUAAUGGCCUGGCCCAAUGUCAUCUGAGAUACUAGUUAUGAUCAGAAACUUCUUAUCGACAAGCUUAGAUCAGCACUGUAAACUUUUUCUUCAGUUCUUGGAUUUCUGCAUUGUUUGUGAUAUUAGUGAAUAUUUAAAUAGCUACUUUCAUACUGUCAUUUUAAUCACAUUCCAGUCUUCUGUUUGUUGUUGUUUUUUUUAACAUUGUUACCCAAAUCCUUCAAAAGUUCAUCCCAGAUAUAUAGCAGCACAACUCAUAAAGAUUGCUGACCAAGCAAGUUCUUGCAUUGGAAUGUCACCUCAUUGCUCUGACCAAAGACUGUUCUGGUUUUACUGAGACAUUCUGUUAGACUUUCCCCACUGUCCCCCAACCUCCUUUCUAAAAAGAAGACCCAAUGCAAAGUGGCCUUUUAUUUGUAUUUUCUAUUUGGUGAAUGGACCACUUAGUGAAAAAUGGGAGUUUAAAUGUGAACAGAAUGAUUUGGGUUAAAGGCAAGGGAUAAUGGAUUAUUUUCAGUACUGUAUUCAAGAAAAAAAAUAGCACAGCUAGGAGCCUCUGACAUUCUAUCGUGUUUUACAUGGUCUGUUCAUAAAAUUCCCUUUUUCAGUUUGUAAGAAUGUUCAUCUAACACAAGAAAAUGCUGUAAAUAUUUGUAACAACAUUUUUUUACCUGGCAAAAAAAAAGGUUUUUGGGAACAAGUUAAAGUAUAAAGUGGUUUUAUAUAAAAACAUCAAUUGUCUUGUAUAUUUUGAUAAGCAACAGUACCAGCUUUCAUUUGUAAAGCAGUUUGUGGCAUUGGGGGAAAAAAGGAUUCCAUGUCUGUUGAAAUGACUUAUGUUAUAAAUGCAAAGAGAAGAUAAAAUAUUAAAGAAACAUAUUUUCUAACUGCGUAGUGCAUGGUUAAUUCUCAAGCUUCUGUAUACUACAGUAUAUUCCAUUUCUCCUAAGUUUGUGUAUUUGCUGAUUAUUACUACUUGAUUAUCUAUAACUCUUUUCCUAACAACUCUAGUGUUGUAGCAUGCCUUUUAAUAAAUGUCAUGACAUCUGUACUCUCUUAAA